AUGCAUACCCUAGUACCCUACAGACCAACCCUCGAGAAUGAAGACGGUAGCAGCGCUGAGCUGGUGAAGUUGAUCUCCGAGGCGUGGGACGAAAAUCCCGACGUCAGGCCAGAGUUCACUACCAUCAAGGUGUCAAUGCGGAAACUGAAUAAGGCUGGUGAUACCGGAAAUUUGCUUGAUAACGUCUUGGGCCGUAUGGAGUACUACGCCAACAACUUGGAAGACCUUGUGAAAGAACGCACCGCCCAGUCUGUGGCAAGUCAACUUAUAAAAAAGGAGGCAGUGACUGCUGAGAGCUUCGAGUUAGUGACCAUUUACUUCAGUGAUAUUGUCGGAUUCACUUCGCUCUCCGCCGAGUCCACUCCCAUGCAGGUAAGCCCUUUAGCUGCUCCUUAA